UUAAUGUCUUGUCCAUACACUUCCAAGAUCCGACCUUUUCUUACUUCCGGGACCCUGUAAACGCAAAGGUACUAUUAAAGAUGAUGCAUUAAAUCAAGAUCGACUGCAUUUUUCUUUCCUUAUAAUAUUAAUCCAUCCACCAGAAGCUUGGAAAUGCUGUCAACAAGCGCUUUUGUUUCAUGGAUUCUUGUAUUGAGUUGUUUCAGCUUGCUGAAUUUUGCUGUGCCACAACAGGUGCCUAAAGAAGAAGUGGAUGCGCUGCAACAAAUUGUCACUGCAAUGGGUGCAAAAUUCUGGAAAUUUAAUGCCCAUUUAUGUGAUGUUGAACUGGUUGGGGUUACACAAAUUGCUCCAAGCGGAUCUGAGAGUUAUGUUGAUUGUGACUGCAACUAUGAAAACAACACAGUCUGCCAUGUCACAAAAAUUGUGCUAAAGAGUUAUAAUCUUCCAGGGAUUCUUUCACCUGCAAUUGUGAAGCUUCCGUACCUCCGAGAUAUUGAUUUUGCUUACAACCUCCUCACCGGGACAAUACCAACUGAAUGGGCUUCAACACAGUUGAAUUCCGUCUCUCUUCUUGUGAACCGGUUAUCAGGGAAAUUACCAAAGGAACUGGGAAAUGUUACUACCCUCACGUACAUGAAUCUUGAAGUCAACCAAUUUUCAGGCUCUGUUCCUUCUGAACUUGGGAAGUUGAUAAACUUGAAGACUCUGAUAUUGUCCUCCAAUCAAUUUACUGGAAACUUGCCAACGUCUUUUUCGGAACUGAUAAACUUAGAUGACUUUAGGAUAAAUGAUAACAAUUUCAGUGGACCGAUACCUGAAUUUAUUCAGAACUGGAAACGGCUAACGCGUUUAGAAAUGCAUGCGAGUGGAUUAAAGGGACCGAUUCCCUCAAGCAUAUCUUUUCUGACUAUGUUAACCAUCUUGAGAAUUAGUGACAUAAACGGGCCAACUCAGGGAUUUCCUUUGCUGCGGAGCAUGACAAGCAUAGUAAUUCUGGUGUUAAGAAACUGUAACAUUUCUGGCCAAAUUCCUGCAUAUAUAUGGAAAAUUCGGGUUCUACAGAUGUUGGAUGUGAGUUUCAAUAAGUUAGGGGGAAAUAUUCCUGAUGACAUUGCAAGAAAACUGAAAGUCGUGUUUGUCACUGGAAACAUGCUGAGUGGAAAUAUCCCAGAUGCACUCUUCAAGGAUGGAAGCAAUAUCGAUCUUUCGUACAACAAUUUCACGUUGAAAGGCCCUGAUCAAUCAGCUUGUCAAUCAAAAAUUAGUAAUCAAAAUGUGAACCUGUUCAAAAGCUCUGCUACUGUAAAUCCAUUACAACAAAUGCUUCCUUGUACAAGAAAUGUAGAUUGUCCCAGAUACAAGUGUUGUUUACGUGUUAAUUGUGGCGGGGGUAAUUUGGAAAUCAAAGAAAGCAAUAGAAAAGUUACUUAUGAAGGAGAUGCUGGAGGUGAUUCUGCAAGAUUUUCAAGUACAAGCAGUUAUUGGGGGUUUACUAGUUCUGGAGAAUUCAUGGACCAACCUAACAACCAAAAUUCACGUUCUAUCAGAACCACAUCGACAACAAACCUCUCUGAGUUAUACAGUACUGCACGUCUCAGUCCUCUUUCGAUUACAUAUUACCAUUACUGCCUGGAGAAUGGAAGUUAUAGCGUGAAUCUUCACUUUGCUGAAAUACUAUUCACAAAUGACAACACAUUUAACAGUCUUGGAAAGCGGAUGUUUGACAUAUACAUCCAGGAAAAAUUAGUUUUGAAAGAUUUCAACAUUGAAUAUGAGGCUAGGGGAGCUCAAAGGCCUGCGACUAAACAUUUUAAUGUCACAGUAUCAGAUAAUACUUUGGAGAUCCGAUUUUACUGGGCUAGUAAAGGGACUACACGAAUUCCUAAUAGAGGAGAUUAUGGUUCUGUUAUAUCAGCUAUCUCAGUCAUUCCAAACUUCAAAAUUUGUUCAUAUGGAGGCAAGAACAAUUUAACUGUUUAUGUAAGUGUUGGUGUCGUGGCCGGAUGCCUUAUUUUCUCGAUAUUUGGCUUCCUUUGGUGGAAAGGCUGUUUGAAAGGCAGAAAACGGAAAGAUUUUGAAGGUCUAGAAUUGCAAACAGUUUCUUUUACUUUGAAACAAAUAAAAGUGGCUACUAACAACUUCGAUCCCACAGAAAAGAUUGGAGAAGGUGGUUUUGGUCCCGUAUACAAGGGUCAAUUAUCUGAUGGGACUGUUAUUGCUGUAAAGCAGCUCUCCUCUAAAUCAAGGCAAGGAAAUCGUGAGUUUUUGAAUGAGAUUGGCAUGAUUUCUUGUUUGCAACACCCAAACCUCGUUAAGCUCCACGGAUGUUGUAUUGAAGGAGACCAAUUGCUACUCGUCUAUGAGUACAUGGAAAACAAUAGUCUGGCCCAUGUUUUGUUUGGUUCAGGGGGAAGCCAGUUGACGGUGGACUGGCCAACAAGGUUCAAGAUUUGUCUUGGAAUUGCUAGAGGAUUAGCAUUUCUUCAUGAAGAAUCAAGACUGAAAAUUGUUCAUAGAGAUAUCAAAGCAUCUAAUGUUCUGCUUGAUGGAGAUCUAAACCCUAAAAUAUCAGAUUUUGGAUUAGCUAGGCUUAAUGAAGAAGAAAAGACCCAUAUUAGCACCCAAGUUGCCGGAACAAUAGGUUAUAUGGCACCGGAAUAUGCACUAUGGGGACAUCUGACCGAUAAAGCAGAUAUUUAUAGCUUCGGAGUCGUGCUUUUGGAAAUUGUCAGCGGCAAGAGCAACAACAAUUACAUGCCAAGUAGUAAUUACACUUGCCUAUUGGAUAUGGCUUGUCAAUUGCAAGAAACCAAUAACAUAGACGAACUUGUCGACAAAAGGCUGGGUUCUCAAGUGAACCCAGAGGAAGUAGAAAGGACGGUAAAAGUGGCUGUUCUCUGCGCAAAUGCAACUGCAUCUGUUAGGCCUCCCAUGUCCGAGGUAGUCCAAAUGCUUCAAGGACACAUGGCCAUUCCAGAUGUACCCCACGAAGGCAAUGAUGUGAGGUUCAAAACCAUAAAAGGCUUAAACCAAGAAUGGCAAAAUCGAAGUUCAAGUGGAAGUCGAACUCAGAAGUCUACCAUUGUACAAACAGAUGCAGGAGUUUCUACUCCUAGCACUGAAUCUUUAAAUUCAGGUUUAAAUGUUACAACCACAUGGAAGAACUCACCUAAUUUAGUCGAGCACAUCGAAUAAAAAGAAAAAAACUUCAUGCUCCAAAAGGUUAUAUAGCCUAGGAAUUAUAAAACUCUUGGGAUGUAAAUGUAAUGCCUAUUGAAUUUUUAUUCGACUUAUUUAUUAAUACCAUAAGAUUAUGAGUUGUAAUUA